AUGUCGACCAUAAUGACGGCUAUAAUGUGCUAUCUCUACGACGAACUGGCGUAUAAGAAAAAUAUGAUAAACAUUGUAGAGGAUGGUUAUCGAAAGCGUUUCUGCAAGAAAAAGAAUGAGUACGAUUCAAUUCAGUCCCUGGUUGCUUUCCGAAAUAGCACAACAAAUUCGAAGCUCUCCUGGCUAAAUAUAUUGAUUGUGCGAGAUCCUCUGGAACGAUUUCUUUCUGGCUUCGUUAAUAAAUGCGUACGAGAAGUUGGGAGACCAAAUCCUUGCUAUAACUGCAAUGGCGAUAUAAAAUGUGUCAUGGAAAAGCAGUACGAACAACUCAUGGGUAACGCACAAAAGCCUUCAUUUCUUCACACCGUUGAAGAUGCACAUUUUGCGCCCCAGUCAUGGCAUUGCGAACUGCGUAAAAAUAUUCGGAAGUACAAGAUCAUCAAAUAUGGAGGAUCGAACAGUAGCAGUGAAAGCAUGUUUGAUGAGUUGGAGAAAGAGCUUAAAAAUCGUGGAGUAGGCCAAGGGGUGCUAAACGAUAUACGAGCGCAGGUGCUCCACAAACGAACUAUGCACCAAACCUACAACAGCAAGGCACGGAUUGACUAUGAAAGCCAAAUACGAAAUUCACCCUAUCUAAUGAAGCUGCUUGUUAAGAUGUUCUACUACGACUACCUGCUGUUUGGAUAUCCUUUACCUGAAAUUUCUGAAUGA